AUGCUGUCUGUUCCACGAGUCGCGCUGCGGCGAGGGCUCAUUGCAGUGGAGCUGUCAUCACGUGCUACUUUUUAUUGUAAUCAACAGGUACGGCAUAUAUCAUCAAAAGAUAUCUUCAAUUAUGCUACGCAGGCAGCUCCUGAUGUUCCUGCUAUGCCAUUACCACCACCUCCGAUGAGAACCGUGGAGGAGAUGGUUGAGGCAGGUGAAUCGGUUCUGGGUGAACUGGGAUUGCUAUCUUGGUGGAAACCAUCAAGUUACUUUCGUAUGGCUUUGGAAGGUAUACACAUGCAUGCGGACCUCCCUUGGUGGACGACAAUCGUUUGCGCUACCGUUGCUUUGCGUCUUUCGCUCAUAAUUGUGCCCAUUAUGUCUCAACGAUUAGUUGCUAAACAAAGUCGUUACAAGAAGGAGUUGGAGGAUUUCCGUCAACGAAUUCAGGCUGCUCGUCAGGAGGGUAACAACUUAUUGCAACAGCAAAUUUUCUUGGAGCAACGCGACUUUUUGAAAGCCAAGGACAUUCGACUGGGGCGACAGUUUCUUAUCCUUCUUGCCAAUGGUGGUGUCUUUGCUACUCAGUUCUUCGCAAUAAGGAAGAUGGUUGAUGUCAAUUAUCCUGGCCUUUCAACUGGUGGUACGGCAUGGUUCACGGAUUUAACGGUUGCGGACCCGUACUAUGCGCUGCCAUUAAUCAGCGCCGUAACGAUGGGCUUGGUGACGCGGGUUGGCAUUGAAAUGGGCACUUCUGCUGAUCAAAUGACGCCAACCAUGCGAAUUGGAAUGCAAUAUGCUUUACCAGUAGUCAUUUUCGCCAUCAGUUCGCAGUUUGCCUCGGGUCUGUGUGUGUACUGGUGUGCCUCGAACAUGAUGUCCCUUCUGUAUGCGGGCGCAUUUCGAACGCCAGCUAUUCGGAAGAUAUUCAAUAUUCCACCGAUCGUAGUCGAUCCUACGGCGCGGAAGAAGAAAAAUGCGUUUAAGGAGGUUAUGGCAGGUUAUAAAGCGAACAAAGCAAUUCCACCCACUCUCGCACAGUUGAAAGAGCGAGACGCUCAACAGUUCAAAAAAGCCGGUAGAGGGAAACCAAUUGUGAAAAGCUGA